AUGGGUGAGGAAAUUCAGAAAGUUAAAAAAGCGAUAGCAUUGAAUCAUACGAUAGUGUUUGUUGGUACUGGCGUAUCCCGCUAUACAAACAAUAAUGAGCAAGAAGUUGCAAGUUGGAUUGGUUUGUUAAAAGAUGGACUUCAAAGAUGUCACCGAUCUGGAUGGAUAAGUGACAAAGACUUCGAUUAUUUCCUUAAAAAGUUCACCACUCAUGAAGCAAUGAUUGAUGAUUAUUUAGCUGCUGCCGAUCGAAUAAAAGUGUGCUUUGAGAAAGAAAAUGAAGAACAGAAGAAUGACCCUUACAAAGUAUGGUUACAAGAAACAGUUGGAAAACUGUUGCCUAAGAAAAUUGAACUUAUUGAAGCUAUCGGAGAACUAGGAUGCCCGAUUUUGACAACAAAUUAUGAUCCAUUGCUUGAAAGCAUACUGAAGAAAAAGCCUCUUACUUGGAAUAAAUACAAAACUGAUGGUAUUGGUGAUUCACCUGAGGAUUUGAAAAACUUUAUUUUACAUGUGCAUGGAUAUUAUGAAGAACCGGAGAGUGUAGUUUUUGAUAGCAACGAUUAUAAAAAGAUUCUUGAAAAUGAUUUUGCACAAUCGAAGUUGAAGGCACUUAUGGAGAUGAAAAUUUUGUUAUUCAUUGGAUACGGAGCUGGUAUGUCUGAUCCGAACUUUUCCAAUCUACUACAAUGGAAAUUUCAAGUGGCAGGUCAAAAGGCGUUUCCAAUAUAUAAGAUCGUCAAAGCGAAUAAAGAAAAAACCCUAAAUCCAGGUUCAGACGUUUCAUUUUUAGAAAAUAUUAAAGAAAUUGCAUAUGGUGAGAACCAUGCAGAUUUGUUAAAGUUUAUAAGGAACUUGAAAUCGUUCACUCCACUACUUUAUGGAAGUUUAUUAGUCACAGAUGAAAAAGAAACUAUUCGUAAAAAAUAUCUCAAUUAUGUUAUUAAGGAAUAUGGAGAUGUAUCAAUCUUUGGAUAUUCUAAGACUAAUAUGGUUUUACCAUUAGCAUCUGUUUAUGUAGAAUUAAAAUUCGAUCCAACACAUCCAUCAAUUAGAGCAAUGAAAACACUCGAAGUCACUGAAGAAUUCAAGCGCAAACUUCUAUCUCACAAUUUCUUUAAUGAAAAUGAAUCAAAAAAACUAAACAUAGCGAUUAUGCAAGCAAAUAUGUACAAUUGUCAAACAAUCUAUAGAGAUUUUAUGAUUGAACAAUGGUUAAAUGUUUUGUUAACUAAUAAAAAGAUAUUUACUGACGAGGAAGCUGAAUCCAUUAAAACUAAAGUUAAUCAACUAAAGAAAAGUAUUCUUGAAAAAUCUGAACUUAAAGAAACAAAACAAUAUCAAAUACAACAAGCCUACAAUGAGUUUAGACAUUUUGUAAUCGUUGGCCAUCCUGGUUCAGGCAAAACUACACUCUCAAAAUGGUUGGUUAUGAAUAUGGCAAAACAAUGUUUGGGUGAAAAGAGUAUGUUAUCCAACAACUCAUUCUCUACUACAAACAAACUACCUAUUCUCAUACCUAUAUGGAAAUAUGUUGAUCAAUCAAAAGAAAAUCAAAAUCAGCGAAAAAGAACUUUGUUAGAAUUUAUCUAUGGAAAUCCUACAUUUAAUUCAAGUUAUUUUCAAGAAGAAGAACGCAAAAUAUUAUCAUCAUUGAUCAAACAAGCCUUAGUGCAGGGUGAUGUGUUGAUUAUUUUCGAGGGACUAGAUGAAGUUCCUGCUCAUAUUGAUCGAUCGGAUUUGAUGAAAGAAAUAAACGAUUUAUUAGAACGGGGAAUUGAUUAUGAUCCAAAACUUGAUAAACUUUCUUAUUCAGUUUUUGACCGAAAGGAAAUCAAUAGUGCUAACGAUGCUGGUGUUGGAAAUCGAUUUAUAAUAACCAGUCGUAUUGAAGGAAAUUAUUUUGAUCAAAUAAAUUAUUAUGUUCCAAGAUUAACUAUUGAAGAUAUGUCUAAUGAUGCUCUCAAAUCGUUUUGUAAUGCUUAUAUGGAAUGUAUUAAAGAAAUUAAUGUUAAAACUGGUAGACAAAUGAAAGAAUAUAAAAAGGAUCAAUUAUAUAAUGAAAUAACGAAGAAUAAAGAUAUUUUUCAACUAGCAAUUAAUCCACAAUUAGCCAGUGUGAUAGCUGCUAUUUAUAAUCAAUAUGACGAUAAGUUACCUGAUAAACGUAUUGAUUUGUAUGAAAAAGCCAUAGGCAAGAUGAUUGAAAGAUUAACUACUGUCUCCACUGUUUCUUCAACAAGUUAUAUAAGUAAAGAACUUGGAUUGAAUAGCACAAUAUUAUGGUCAAUAAUGCAAGAAAUAGCCGAAUAUUUACAUAAUAAAGUCGAAGGACUAGGAGAAAAAAUUUUGAGAGAAAUUAUAAGAAAAUCUUUAUUAGAAUCUUUCAAGCAGUCUAGUAAGAAUCCUGACAUGAACAUUGAUGAGUUAAUUUCAAGACUUGUUGAUAUUUUGAAAUACCAAGCAGGUUUAUUAAGUGAAUUUGGUCAUAAUAGUUUUCGAUUUAUACAUCGUACAUUUCAGGAAUAUCUUGCAGCUAAAAGUAUCAUCUAUUUCAAUGGAGUAGAACGAAGUGAAGAAAUUAUCUGUAAAAAUAUUAAAGAUAAAAUUGCUAAUCCAAAUUGGAGAGUGCCUCUUAGUAUGACAUUUGGAAUAUUAAGUAAAUCAAGUGAAUACAAUGAUUUAUUUAAGAAUAUCAUUACAAGAUUAUUUAAUGAUGAACAAGCUUCAACAAAUAUACGGUUUUCUACUUCUUUAAUACCAUAUGUCAUUAUUGAUUCAUUAAGUGACAUGAACUUUUCAUCAAAAGAAACUGAACGUGAAGUAAUUCAAAGAUUAUUGGGAUUGUUGCUAAUUGAUUAUAAAAACCUGUCUGGUUUUUCAAAGUUAAAAGAACAUCAGGAAUUGAUUCAAUCAUAUAUAUCGAAAUUGAGGAAAAAUUAUGAAAAUUUGACACUGGAAUGGUUUCUGCAAAUGAUGAAUGACACGGAAAAUAUUGCACCAUGUGCAAAUAUUGUUUAUCAGCUAAAAUGGUAUAAUUCUAAACUUCAUGAAAUAUUUUUAAAAAACUUAGAUAAUGAUUCACCAUUAUGGAAUUGGCCUGUAGAUUCAAUCUUACGAUUUUAUUCACACGAUAUCGAUGAUGAAUCCGUUAUGACACAAUUAAAAUUUAAAAGUGCGUUGACUAUAAAUUCAGACAUUUUGAAAUACAUAGAAAGAAAUAUGGAUUGGCUAUGUGUUAUCGUAUCUCUUUAUGGUGGAUACAAAAAUUACAAUACUCAAGGAACUAUUCGAGAAUACUAUGAAAUUGCUCAAUUUCUUCAACUAAGCAAUAAUCAGAGGGCACCAUUCACCUUUUAUUAUCAAGAAGUAUGGGGCCGUGAUGACCCAGCCUAUAGCAUGGCUGUCAUUAAUGAUAAUUAUGAUCGAGUUAUUGCAUCAAUAAGAUUAUCAUUUUAUGGAUUACAAGAUUUUCGAAAAAAGUAUUUAGCAAUCGCAAUAGAAACACUUAAAAAAAUGAACGAAGAAGAAGAAGAAGAAGACAAAGUUAAAUUAAUUGCUAAAAUAAAGCCAUUAAUUAUGAUCUACAACGAUCUUCAUACCAAUUUGACUGAUAUUACAAAUAAUCUAAAAAGUAAAAGCAAUACUUAUUUAGUUGAUGGCGAAAAGCUUGAAAAAGAAAAUGAAAACAAGAAAGAUGAACAUGUUUGUAAUGAUAAUGUUAAUGAAACUAAUAAAAAUAAAGACAUUCCUAAUAAUAACGAUAAUGAAACCAAGAAAAAUGAAGAAGUUUAUAAUGGUAUUGAUAAAGAAGGUAAUAAAAAUCAAGAUAUUUCCGAUAAUAUUGAUAAUGGAAUCAAAACAACAGAAGAUACUGUUAAUAAUAUAGAUAAUAAAAACGAACAAGAUGAUGAUUUUUUAUAUGAUUUUCCUGAUGAAACUGAAAAAUUUGAAGAUUCAUUGCAUAACGAUCAAUAUAAAAGUGAACAAAAUGAAGACAUGUCCAGUUGUCCUGAAAUGGAAGCAUUAUUUAUGCUUUUUGCACAAUUGAGUGAUAUCAAGUUAUCGAUUGACAAAACAGACUAUUUGAAUGGGCUUUGGAUUAAUCUUUAUAAUGAUGCUAAUAAACAGUCAAAUACGGAAAAAAUAUUGGAAAUAGCAUUAGAUACAGAAUUAUUUUUGACUCCUCAAGUAGCCAUUAUUAUUGAUGAAUUAGUAAGAAACGGAAAAGAAAAUAGCAUAUCAAUUCUCUUUCCAUAUAUAAUAAAACCAUCAAAUGAAGUAUUACCCAUAGUUCAUAGAUGGUUCACCGAUUAUAAUAACAAUCAAAUUAAGAAAUUGGCAGCAUUAUUACUUACUGAAGCAAAAUAUGUUUUUGAGAGUACGCUUAAUUCUAUUAUCGAUUUAUUGAAAAGUGACAAUGAUCAAAUGAGAGAUAUUAAAAUUCCUUUUACGACCACAUUGGAAAAUGAAUUAUAUAAAACAUGGAUUAAAAUACAAGGACUCUCCGGCAAAACACAAUAUAAUACAACUACUGAAGCAUCAAAAGAAUGA